AUGAGAUGUGGUUUUGUUACUUGCGGACCAAACGAAGCCCUUAUUAUUUCCGGAUGCUGUUUGAAAAAACCAUUAUUGAUACCUGGAGGAAGAGCUUUUGUAUGGCCAAUUUUUCAAGAAAUUCAAAGAAUCAGUCUCAAUAUAAUGACUUUAUUAGUUGAAAGCCCGAUUGUGUAUUCUAUUCAAGGUGUUCCUAUAUCUGUGACAGGUAUUGCUCAAAUUAAAAUUCAGGGUCAAAAUGAAGAAAUGCUUUUGACUGCUUGCGAACAAUUUUUGGGUAAAAAUGAAGAAGAAAUUGCUGGAGUUGCUCUGUUGACUUUGGAAGGUCAUCAAAGAGCAAUUAUGGGAAGAAUGACCGUUGAGGAAAUUUAUCAAAAUAGGCAAAAGUUUAGCGCCAACGUAUUCGAAGUGGCUUCUUCUGAUUUGGUCAAUAUGGGUAUCACGGUUGUUUCAUACACACUCAAAGACAUUAGAGAUGAUGAAGGUUAUUUAAAAAGUCUUGGAAUGGCUAGAACAGCUGAAGUUAAAAGAGAUGCUAGAGUAGGAGAAGCAGAAGCAAAAAGAGAUUCAACCAUCAGAGAAGCUACUGCAGAAGAAGAAAGAAUGGCUGCAAAAUUUGCAAAUGACACUGAAAUAGCUAAAUCUAGGAGGGAUUAUCAGUUGAAAAAAGCAAAUUUUGAUAUUGAAGUGUUAAAAAAAAAAGCGGAAGCUGAUAUGGCAUUCGAACUUGAAACGAUUACUCUUAAACAGAAUAUUAAAGAAGAAGAGACUCAAAUUAAAGUUAUAGAAAGAUCAGCAGAAAUUAAACUUGAAGAAAAAGAAAUAUUAAGAAAGACUCAAGUAUUAGAAGCUACAGUUAAAAUUCCUGCUCAAGCAGAAAAAUACAGACUUGAAAAAUUAGCUGAAGCUAAUAAGAAAAAAGUUAUACUAGAAGCACAAGCAGAAGAAGAAGCCAUUCGUUUAAAAGCGGAAGCGGAAGCAGUUGCUAUUCUUGCUAAGGGUGAAGCAGACGCUAAACAAAUGUCAAAAAAAGCAGAAGCUUGGAGUCAAUACAAAGAUGCAGCCGUUUUAGAUAUGAUAAUUCAAGUAUUACCCAAGAUUGCUGCUGAAGUAGCUGAUCCAUUAGCUCAAACUAAAAAAAUUACUAUGGUGGCCAAUGGUGAUGGAGAUAUGGGUCCUGCAAAAUUGACUGAUGAAGUUUUUUCAAUUGUUUCAAAAAUUCCUAAUGUUGUAAAAUCUCUUACCGGUGUAGAUUUCUCACAAGUAAGUAUCUAUUAG